CAGGCUCAGUAAGCCACCUUGGUCCCUCACUGUUGAAAAAAAAAGAGAAAAAAAAUCAGUCUUGCCUGACUCCGCCCCCCAUGUUCAGAUGUGGAUGUGAGAAAAAGGCCAGCAACAAUGUGACAGACAACACACACGCGCACACACACACAGCUCCAACCAGCGGAUGAUAUCUUCACAGACAACAGUGCGAGCCGAGGCGGUCCAAACCACGGCUGCAUGCUCGCUCUGCAACCAGGCGAACCGGAGCUAAACAUGCACCGCCGGGCAGCAGCCGGAGCAGCAGCAGCAUCACCCACCGAGGACCGACACAGUUUCUAGGGUCCUGUUAUAUCCUUGUGGGCACAUGGACAUGAAGAAAUAAAAGCAUCAGUUCAGGCCCUCCGGCUGACUUCUGGGCUGAGCCCUGGCUGUGGGGCUUUGUUGGUGGUGGGCCAGCUGAACAGGCGUGUAUGUGAGUGAGAGGUAAUGAAGUCCAGUAUGAGGCAGUGGCGGAGGCUAGUGCUGGUGGGAAUGCUGGCCUGGGUUCUCCUCUUCCUCGCCCUCCUCUCUUACUUCCUGGAUGCUCGUGUGGAUGAGCCCCUGACCUCUGCUGGCUCCUUACUCUCCCAGCACCCUGACACACGUCGCCUGGCCUCCAUACAGGCUUCCCAUCAACAGCACGCCGUUAUAGGCUCCCGACCUGAACUGGCUUUGACGUUAACUACAACUUACCCUGGAGACGAGCCAGAGCCUUCGGCCAGCUCCAUGACCCCAGAGUCCAGUCUGGAGGCGAGCCGCAGCCCCAACAGUGCUCCCUAUGCCGUCUAUGGCAGCCAGGAAGCCAGCCGCCAGGAUUACCUGGACCCCCAGAGCCUGGCUGCCUGGUCAUCCUUUGGUACGGAGAAUGUGGGCUCUCACUCAGACCCUGCAGUCGUGAGUCGUGAGAGAACAUCUCAGCUCAAAGAGUAUCAGAACCAUAUUAGAGCCACACGUCACCGUGGUGGUGAGGAGGAAGAGGAGGACAAUGCGAGGGAGAACGAAGAUGAAGAACCGGGAAACAGAAUUAGAGGGAGAGCAGACAGGAGGGCCGGUGGCGACUCCUCUGAUCUGGAGGAAUAUUACUUCUCCAAAUCGGCAUCGGUGGUGCAGCGGCUGUGGCGCGGCCAUGUGUCCGCCGGCAUGCUGAGUCCUCGGCUGCAGCGCGCCAUGAAAGACUACGUGAGCGCCAACAAACACCACGUUUCCUACAAGGGCCAUCGCAAGGCUGUCCAGAGUGCUAAGGAACUGCUGUGUCAAAUGAAAGCUCAGGCACGGCUGAGGACGGUGGACGGGUCAGAGCAGCCCUUCUCCUCGCUCGGCUGGGCUCGUCUUGUGCCGUCUCUGCCGCUGGAACAACUGUACAAGCAGCAGGAGCAGAGCAGCUUCAAGACCUGCGCCGUGGUCACGUCGGCCGGUGCCAUCCUGCGCUCGGGACUGGGCAAAGAGAUCGACACUCACGACGCAGUGUUACGGUUCAAUGCUGCACCUACAGACGGAUACGAGAGAGAUGUGGGGAACAAAACCACCAUUCGCAUCAUCAACUCGCAGAUUCUGGCCAAUCCGAAGCAUCGAUUCAACACAAGCUCCAUCUACAAGAACGUGACUCUGGUGGCCUGGGACCCUGCACCUUACACCGUCAACUUACACAAGUGGUACGCCAGUCCAGAUUACAAUCUGUUCGGUCCAUACGUGGAGCACCGUAAGCUCCAUCCUGGCCAGGCUUUCUACAUCCUUCACCCCAGCUACGUGUGGCAACUCUGGGAUGUGAUUCAGGGCAACACUCAGGAGAACAUCCAGCCCAAUCCUCCCUCAUCUGGCUUCAUAGGAAUCCUCCUGAUGAUGUCGCUCUGUGAGCAGGUGCAUGUGUACGAGUACAUUCCCUCCAUGAGGCAGACGGACCUGUGCCACUACCACGAGCGUUAUUAUGAUGCUGCGUGUACACUGGGUGCCUACCAUCCCCUCCUGUAUGAGAAGAACCUGAUCCAGCGAAUCAACACGGGCCCUGAGAGUGACCUCCGCAGGAAGGGACGGGUCACUCUCCCAGGCUUCAGCACCGUCAACUGUGACAUCUGAAAUACGAAACCUGAACCUCUUUGUCGUACAGACACACACACACACUCUGGCCUUUUCUGGCUGACUAAGGGAGAGGUGCAAUAAAACCACUGGAGACAAGGAGGCUGAAGCUUACAAAUUCAAAUUAGACCCACGAAGAACAUAAGCCAUACCACUCCAGGGAGGGAUCAAUGUGGAGGCUUCAGAAAGAACUUGUCUUCAUCAAGAUGGUUUACUAGACCAGAGACUUCCAGGAAGAGUCUCCAGGAUGUGGAUAUGAAAAAGAUGUUUCUCUCUGCUUUAGCUGAGCCACGUUAGCUGUGGAGCUGACUAGAGUAGCAACAGAUCAUUGUUUUUAGAUAGACACGUGAGUUUUCAAUAACUGGGUGUGUUUCAAUGGUGUAAAAUUUGUCUUUUUUCAAUAGUAUGGGUGGUUCUCCACUUAAAGGUAAUGCCACUGUUUAUAACGGAUACUUGUGAUUUUUUUUUUUCCAUUUACUGGUCCAAAGGGUUGUGAAUUAGCCAGGAAGUCAUGCACGCUGAAUGUCACAAAUGCAGCAUUAUUUUACACACAUGCAGCAGCAGCACAUGCAGAAGAACACGUCUCCAAAGAGACAGACGUGCUGUCACAUCAGUCAUGGUACUAUACAUUGCUCUGUAGCAGCUGUUCCUGUUUGACAUUCCUCUGGUAUCGUCCUGUGAAAUCAGAAGUUGUGUGUCGUCCCGAGGGGUUAAUUUCACACUACUGACAUGGUUAUGCUGAAUACUAAACCACUCUCCCAUGCAUGUUAACUGACAAUUGCCAGGUUGUCACUUCUGGCUCACAUGUUUUGGAUGAUUAUUCAGUUAAAAGCUCACUGGAAGGGGCUGCUCUUCCUUUUUUCUAUUCAUUCUACCUGUUGUAACAUAUUUUACUUUAUCUGAGGGCGCAUCUGAAUCGAAGUAAAAGGGGCUGAAAUGGAUCUACAGAACAAACAGGUGCUCAGAGCGGCCGUAACCCUGUGCCUAGUGCUCGACUGAACACUUCCCUCGGGUUGCCUCGUGACAGGACGGCGGUACCGGGGAGUCUGGUUGCCAUGGGAUGAGCAGAACAGUCGAUAUUGAUGAAUUGACUCGUAUCAGGGGUCUCAGCUCUGCCUCAGCAAUCACCACCAGCCCCUGUUUCUCAUCAUUGGUUCACUCUUUUAUUGAAUGUAAUUUUACCACUGUGUGGCCAAACCCUGGGUGGAACUCAACACUGCAGUGGAACUCUCUGUGUGCAGCUCGUUGCAGGGAUAUUUCUUGUCUCAUAUUUUCUGAAUCCUCUAAUAUUGGUCUGAAAACCAUCCACAGCGCAGAGUAGAGACGAUUAUAAAAGAGGAAUUUGAACCAGUAAUAACACCUUAUUUGCUUUGUCUCUGAGAUAUUAGUUCAGUGUGGAAAAGAGGCUUGGUGGUGUUUUUUCACUGCAGAUGUGCAGUCGGUCGGUCAAAAAUCUUGCCUGUAACAAGAGAUUUUUACUACUAGGUGUACUAUCUUACAAAAUGUGCUUGUGCCAUUGGUUGUGGUUUGGUAUAAGAUAUGAAAACUUGUCACAGAAAUGUUGCUUUGAAUAGUUUUAUGACUGUUGAAGAAGAUAGGUAUUGUAGCAUGUAGAUGAUUCUGGGGUUGGUAUCAUCCAAAAUCUGACAGUAUAAAGUACGUACGCAUUGUGCUGAUACUAUAACAGUCCAGUCAAACCUGAUUAAAGAAAAAAAACAGAAAUUUGCCCAAAUAUUUGUUGCCAGCUUUUAAUAAGUAACUUUCAGGGUGAUAAACCGAAAUCUUCCACUUUGUUAUUUUCUGUUGAAACACUGAUAUUCUGUGUAUCACGAUUGUGUAAUUUUCUUUGGAAAUGAAAUUGAGAAACUGUGUGUAGAUGAACCAAUCGGACAAUAUUGAAUAAUUCAGUGAAUUACAUAAAUGGCGCAAGUUCUUCAUCACAUUGAUGCAAAAUCCUGCCGAUCAAAUAUCGCCAAGAAAGCUGUUCUCAUUGAUUUGCGGUAUCUUCGAUAAUGAUGUUAAGAUAUCAAAGAUAAAGCUGCUUCAGUAGAAAUGGUGCAGAAAUACAGUUGGCAGAGUAAAUACGGUAUAGAGUGUAUAAACAAGUGAUUAUCAUUAUAAUGCAUUCCUGGUUAUAUCACCCUGACCCAAUUUUCUGACACUAGAUGCAUUUGGCUCAUUGAGUACAAAGGUUUGAUACCCAGCCCCAGUUUCAUGUUGAUUAUAUAGGCAUGUCUUUAGAGGAAAAAAGGGGCCAGAGUAAAGUCAGCAACUGUAACAGAGGUUUUAAAAAGUAGAAAGAUUUCAGCAUUCAUUCAAACCCAUGCAGGUUCUGAGCUCUGCUGUAGGUUCUGAGAUAAGUAACCAGAUGUUUUAGUGCUUGUGAUUGUAACACACUGAAGGUGCAUAAACCCUGAACAUAUUGUACAUGUGUAUUUCUUAAUAACUUUGAUCACUUUCCGAUGCACAGAGCAUGCACGUCGAGAUCAGGGCUAAGAGUCUUAAACUGUCUGUGCUGUACUGUGCUGCGAGUAGACACCAUUGUCAUUAAUGUUGUGAGAGGAGAUUGUACUGUAAGAUUUUUUUUUCUCUUAAGUGGUGUUUUACAUAUUUCAGUGCAUGCUUUUGGAAAAGGGGGGACGGCGUUGCCAAAUGGGAAAUGUUGAAGUAUCGUAGGAGAGGCGUAAAAGGAUCGUAUUAUUGUAUUAUUUUGGGACAAAUUAUUGUACAAGAAAACAAUAACGAAACCUAAACAAUAAUUAUGUUGAUUAUGAAUAAGUGAUAAUUUCAUAAAUGAACAAGUAUUAGCUGGAAAGACGCCAGAGAUGAGUAACUUGUCAAAUCAGAUGCAUGAUCCAUAUUCACAGACAUCAUCACAACCAGCGUAAAUACAGACGUAGGAUGAAUAGCCUUUUUUACUAUACUGAUUAUCAUAACUCCUACCACUGUCACUAAAAGAUGGAAUUGUGUUCAUUAUGGAGAGUCUUGUUCAUGCCUUGUACAGAGAGUACAAUAAUGGUACAUUUGGCAAAGCGGAUGGGGAAUUGCAUCCAGCUGCAGGUGGAACUAGUUCCUUGGAAGCAGUUGAUGAGUGCGAUGCCCGGUGGCAAUUUCAUCACAUCCUGAUAUGGUGCCAAAUUCCUUUAUUAAUUAUGUUUAUGCGUAGCAAUUCGAACUCAGAAUGAGGUGUUGGGGUAAGAGCAGAUACUUGAGAUGGUGUAUAGUUGAAUUUUGAUCCCCAUCAUUGCAACAAUGUUAUUUCCAGUAUUUAAUACAGGAUGUUGCAGUGACAUUAACUUUGACGAGUGUGGAAGUGGCGAGAUGAGAAAAACUCAUUCAGAGACACUGUAUUACAUUUCUCACUCUCUCUCUCUCUCUGUCUUUCUUUCUCUCUCAGCCUCCGUCUCUCUGCUCUUUGCUUGUGAGGCCUAUUUUUCAUGUGUUGUGAUUAUUCCAUAUUGUGGGAACCGCUGCACCACACACUGCCUAUGAGGGAUUGUUCAACAUCUCAAUUUUUUUAUUUUCUACAUUUCCCUGCUGUGGCUUUCUGCAGUAUUCCUAAAAUGAGGAAGAGAGAGAGAAAAAAAAAAGAAGCAUCCAUUUCCGAACAUGGUUAGAGUGAAGGUUGUGUUUCACUCCCAACAGCCUUAGGGUGUUCUUCUUGACUUUGAUUUGUCAGUGAAUUCUCUUCUAAUUACACUUGAAUUAAUAUUUAAAUAGACCAUUUGUAUGAUUUCAGCUGUUGUAAUUUUUUUACCGUGUAAAUAAAGCUGUUGUUCAUGUCAAACA